AUGGCUGCUCGACCGACAACACCAAUGUCCCCCAAGACCGCCAAGGUCAAGUCGCCGGUCCCUGGAACACCCGUUUUCGGAUGCGAGCACAUCCAGCGACUCUUCACACAGUCCCAAGAGGGCAUUACCCAGUCUGUUCACCACUACAAGAUGAUCCUGAAAAACAUCUUUGAACAUACUCCUAUUGUGCCACAGACGUCCAAGAACUCGGAUGGUCAGGUCAUGACCUCUCUCACGUCCAACUACCUCUGUCUGCAGUGCUCGACCAUCGUCAACGACGAGGACCGCCUAAAGCAUGGCACAAAGAAGCAGCACCGCUUCUACGUUGAUUCGCGAAGCGGCGCCCUCUACUGCCAGAUCUGUGACGAUCUGGUCUGGGACCCCACACUGGAAGAGCUUCGAGUGCGCAAGAUGGGAACCGGAACAUUCUCAAGUCGCAAGAGAAAACAUGACGAGAUGUUCUCUGAUGGCGUCAAGGACAGCGCUGCGAACAACCCGGGCUUCAUCUCAAACAACACCACCACCGCCUCUUGCAAAGCAAACGGUCUGCGUGGAAUCUACAAUGCUGGAGCAACUUGCUACCAGAACGUGGUUUUGCAGAGCUUUCUCCACAACCCCUUGCUACGCAACUUCUACCUCAGCGAUGGCCACCAGAGCACCGACUGUUCGCUGACCAAUUGUCUGAGCUGCGCCAUGGAUGACAUGUUCCAGGACUUUUACGCCGUUGAGAAUACUAACGGAUUCACGGCUGCGAGUAUUCUCUCCGGGUUCUGGAUAUCGGAGAAGAAGGCAUUUGAGAACCUCGUCACUACCAAGGAGCAGGAUGCUCAUGAGUUCUUCCAGUUUCUCGCAGAGGAACUCCACGAACGCAACGGGGACGGCAAGAGACCAGAAACUGGUAGCGAGCAUACGUGCAAUUGCAUCAUUCACCAGACGUUCUACGGCAAGCUGCAGAGCUCUACGACCUGCCAGAAUUGUGGAGGCGUCACCAAUGCGGUGCAGUCGUUUUUAGACCUUAGCCUUGGACUGGAGAAUUUGUCUCACAAGAGGAAGAAGGGAGGGCCCAAGGUGCCCAGCUUGACCCUUCAGGAGUGCCUGGACGAGGAGUAUGUCAAAUCAGACAAGUGCGAGUAUCGAUGCCACAACUGCAGCUCGAUGCAGCAGGCGAAACGAGCCACCAGCAUUAAGAGGCUGCCCAAUGUGCUUGCUAUUCAACUGAAGCGUUUCGAGUACAAGCAGGGCCGCCAUGAUCGUGCGCCCUCGAAGAUCGACACGAUUGUCAAUUUUCCCUUACAGCUCAACAUGCUUCCAUAUACAACGAGAGGCAGAGGCGCGGACUCCAAGGACGCGUUCGAGCUGGGACGAUCUUGCACGUACGACCUUCUUAGUGUAGUGGUCCACGUCGGCGAAAUCGACACAGGUCACUAUGUCUCAUACUGCCGAGUUGGUGACCAGUGGUUCAAGUUCAACGACCAUAAGGUCGAGAUGGCGUCCAAGUCGGAGGUGCUGAGCGCCCAGCCAUACCUACUCUUCUACAUCAUCCGCUCCCUUUCGUAG